AUGGUCAGCUCCCUCGUCAAGAUCGCCGCCUUCACCGGCCUCGCCUCAGCCGGCGUCCUGUCGCCGCGUCAGCAGCAGAACGAGACGGCUGCUGUGGAUAUUACCGCGCUGAACAAAAACGUUUCCGCGACUUCCGGGUCCGGCGCCGUCAGUGCCGCGGGCACGCUUUCGCCUUUCGGCGGAAUCGGAGUUGGAUGCGGCAUCAACUGGGCGGAGGACCAAUCUUUCGGAGGCGGCUUGCAAUCCGGCUCCGACUCUUUUGGUCUUGGCGGUGGGUUCACGAUCACCAAGGACACGAUGAACAUCGGCCUUGGCAUUGGCAUCAACCCCAUCAACUUCAACUCCAGCGUCAAUUACGAGGCGUCCACGAACGGUACUGUCAGCUUGGUGUUCACCUCCACGACAGCGAUCAAGUGUGAGGAGACGACAGUGAACGGCGUUAAGGGUGUCAAGUGUACUUCUUCGUAG